GUCUUCACGUUUUUUUUCCUGACUUGUAUUGUCCUGUUAUUUGGUAAUAAUGUUAUAAUAAUAAUUAGAGAACAUAAUCUACACUUCAUCAAAUGGAAUAGCGUUAUAUUUGUGAAACUACUUUAGUUAUAUACGUAUUUGACUGUAACGUUUUCAAAACGUCUAUGAAACCGAGCGAUUUUGAUUAGAAAAGUGUAGAACAAUUCUGAUAGGUGCUUUUAAAAGUUACUAGUUACAUUAAUCAAAUUACAUGGUGUUCAUAUAAAUAUUACAUAUUACUGAUCAAUAAAAAUAUGACAUGAUGAUGAUAUUAGAACAUGUCAACAGAUCCAAACUUAUAUGAUGUGAGUUUAGCAUCUAAACGAACGACAAUGCCUUCAACACCUUACUUUUUUGGUGAAACUUGUCAAAAUUUUCAUCAACAACAUGGUGACAGUGGUAAUGACAAUAAAACUAAUGAUCAAGAAAAUCAUGGCCACAACAAAAAUGAAUCAGAAAUGAUUGAAUCGAGUGAAAUGGAUUUAAUUUACACUCAAACAGAUAAUGAUAAUCUCACACCAUCUAUAAUACUUACUUCUGAUGAUACUGAUUGGAAACCAUGUGAACAAGGUAGUAUUUCGAGUAUGGAAUCUAUAUCUAAUUCACCAAGUCCUAGAACUUCAUAUAAUUCCUUACUACAUUGGGGUAUUAAUAAUGCAAAAGAUGAAAGAGAAGGGGUUUUGUGGAGACUUUAGAAAAUUCAGUUAUCGAGAUCAUAAGCCAAUUGAAGCUAGACAACCAUGGGAAACCUCAAAGCACUGGACGGCCGUUUCGUCCUAUUAUGGGGCUCCUCAGCAGUGCGCAUCCACGACCGCAUCCACGACCUCGUGGCAUUCGAACCCACGACCUGCUGGUUUCACGCGCGAGCACUUAACCACUAGACCGUUGAGCCGGCAUCCAACGAUGUUAUUGUAUAACUUCAAGUAACUGAAACAUACUUUAUUUAAUGGAUUAAUACUUAUUAAACAAAUACAGUGAAUUGCCUGGAGAAAUUAUAACAUUCGAAUUACCUUUGAGCACUUUGACUGUCGAAGCAUCUCAUCAUAAAAAUGUGAAUUUAGGUUUAAAACUUGCCGGAAGUAGAGAUUUAAAUCAAAUGAGUGUUUUCGUAUGUGGAAUACAACCAGGAAGUAUCAUUGAACGUGACGGACAUAUAGAGGUUGGCGAUCAGUUAUUAGAACUCAAUAAUCAAGUUUUAUAUGGUCUUAGUCAUUUGAAUGCUGCUCCACUAAUCAGAUCUAUUUAUAUGGAAGUGAUAGGAAGAAGUAGCAAUAUUUUCAGACGUUCAAAAUGUAAUGCUUUGAGGUUUGUGAUACAACGUCAUUCGUCAAAUACAAAUCUUAUGGCAGCAUUAGCAACAAAUCAACAUGCAGAUUCUUCUUCUGAUCGAUCCAGCCGACACACCAGUAUAGAUACAACAACAAGUGCACUAACAUCACCAGUGAAGAACAUAAAUAAAGCAAAACAAUCUAUAGAAUUUAUGAAUUUAGCAUUUGGUAGUUCACAUGGACCUUUAACUCAACAAACAUACUCUACAACGUUGUAUAGAGGUUCUAAAGGAUUUGGAUUUGCAAUAAUGGAACGAAGUGCAACAAAUGAAGAAGGAAUUUAUAUUAAACAAAUCGUUGAAGGUGGUCCAGCUGAUAAAGAUGGUAUUUUAUGUGCUGGCGAUCAAUUAAUUAAAAUAAACAAAAAAGAUGUGACACAUAUACCUUAUGACACAGUAGUAGAAUGGAUACGAUCUGCAAAACAUGUUCUUCAUGUACAAGUUACACGUUGGGGUUUCAAUAUUCAAGCAAGUGCAGAUACAAAAUCAUCAACUAAACGUUUCUCAGAUCCAUCUGUACUGAACACAUUUGCAUCUGUUUUAUUUGGUAAAGAUAAUGAAAUGAAAAAUUUUCUAUCUCCAGUUAAUACAAAACCUUUAAACGUAUUAUCCGCAAUUGAAAGUGGUACGAGCUGGUUAGUACCCCGACAAAUCGUUUCAAGGUAUCGUCGUGCAAGUUUUCCAAACAUCUGUUACAAAAGAGAGCAUAUCCCUACUACUGUUCUACAGCCUUUGCCAAACUAUUCAACAACUUCAGUUAACCUUCAAGGAGAUAUAAUGAAUUUCGAUAAAAUCUCAAUUUUAAUAAAUGACGAACCAGAAAUCGAAGCAACAAUCCGUCCCAUCAAGUCUGGAGCUGAGACUGAAAUAUCGAUCGCAAUAAAUAAUUCUUGUGGUCUAGGAAUAGGCUGUAUAGGAGGCUGUGAAACAGCACUAAAUGUUCCAGUUAUACAUGAAAUCUAUCCUAAUGGUGCAGCGGCAAAAGAUGGACGUUUGCGUCCAGGGGAUCGAAUUAGUAAUGUCAAUCGAAUAUCAUUAGUUGGUGUACCAUUUUUGGAAGCUAUGAAUAAACUUCAAAUGGCUUAUAUUAGCAAAUCGUCUAUGAUAAAACUCGAUUCAGAUGAUGAAAAUGAAAAUAUUUCUUUAUCAAAUCAAGAACAAUGUUAUUUAAAUCUCACUAUAUUUCGACCAACAGAACAAAGUCAGAAAUGGUUUGAUGAAGAAUUAAUUAUUGAAUUAUUGAAGAAAUCUGGAAAAGGUUUGGGAAUUUGUAUUGCAGACCGAUGUGUACAUCUUAAACUAGAUGAAUAUUUGUCAGAGAAUGAAAAUACUUUAAAGGUACAAGAUAAUUCCUGUGUAAACACUUCCGAAAUGCAAACAUCAUAUGGCGUUAUUGUUACUGAAAUAAUUAAAGGAUCGAUUGCAGCAAAUGAUGGUCGUCUCAUGGCAAAUGAUCAAAUCCUGGAAGUAAAUGGUAAAGAUACAAGCACAUUAACUAGUGAAAUUGUUGGUGCUCUAUUGAAGGCAGCUCCAUAUAAAGUUAUUCUCAAAGUAGGAAGACUGAAAAAUCAAAUCGCUAUACCAAAUUCAGCUGCAUUUCUUUUUAAUGAUCCUUGUCAAGUUAGACGAUAGACUAUACAGACUAAACAAGUAACCAAUUUAACCUGUAUGGACAACAUGGAAGAAUGCUUAUUUUUGAUAUCUAUCUAUCAAGAAUGAAAAUAACUCUUAAUUUGUUAUAAUGAUGAAUAUUUACAAAUUGUUCAGUUCAAAUUUGUCCUUUUCUUCUUUUCUUUUCCUUGAAAAUUAAUGCUUUCUGUUGCAAUAAUACAAAUUUUGCAUAAAUACAACAUUCCAUUAUAUACAGAUUAUUAAUAAUCUGUUUAAAAUAAAAGCAGCUCAAUUGUUCUGUUUUUUUCUCUCAUUUCUUCAAUGUUUUAUUAUAUUUAAGCUAAUCUAUGUAUGUGACUUAUUUUAAAUGAAGACAAUCCAUUCAUUUUCAUUCUAGUUAACAAUACCAACAACGACUACAACAAAAAGAAUAUCUUUCUUUAUCCUCUCUUGCACUGAUAAUCUUUUUUAAAUGCACAUAUUUUCUCGAUAAUUUCAUUAAAAACGUAGCAGUAAUGUUUGUAUAAUACUACUACUAAUAAUAAUAAAUGCUUAGCUUUUCUAUAUAUUAGGAUGAUACUUUAUCGUAUAUAUAUAUAUAUAGUGAUUAGCUUCAUAUUUUCCUUUUCCAUUCAUAGGAUAUCUUAUAUAUUCAUGCUAUUCACCUUCUACUCUUUCUCUCACUCACUCACUCACUCUAAUUUCUUUAUAUUCUAACUGAAAAUCAACUUGAUUUACAAUGUGACGACUAGCUUGUUGCACAGUUAUUAUUACAUGGACAGUUACAUAAAAUAAUAUUUUUUUAUGUAAACAAUGAAGAUAAAAUUAAUAUUAUGCAACAACAAGAAAAAUAAACAUAAUCAUAUUAAUAAUUUUAUUUGUUUGCAUGAUAAUCUUUUAUUCUGAUAAACAGAAGAAUGAACAUAUUGAAUCCGUUUCCUUUUUUUUUUAAAUGAAACUAAUCAAAGAUGUAUUGAUGAAGUACAAGAAUGUGUAAUGUAAGAAAUAUCUUAUUGAUUCGAUUCAUUUCUACUAAUAAUCCUAUUCGUAAAACUUAUGGAAACUAUUAAUUACAUUUAGAAAAAAAAAUGUAAAUUUUCUAAUUUCUAACUUGUCACAUUGUUUCCUCUUAGAAACUAAAUGAUUAAAGUCUUUCCAUGAAAUACAUCAUAAAAGGCAUUUAAAAUUCUGAUCAGGGAAAUAUUAGAAACAAUAAUAAAUGUCACACAUGUCUUAUUAAUUUUUUUUUGGCUUGUCACACUUCUCUUCAUUUACUUAUUCUCUCUUAAACGUUUCAUUGAUAUCAUAACGAUAAAUAGUGAGUUGUUUUAUUCACCCAUCCUUUUCAUUAUGUUUUCUGUAAACAUAUCUAACUUCAUUAAUUCAUGUGAAUGAUAAUAUAUAGUGUUGAUUAGUAAAAUAGUAGAAUCGAAUUGUAU